AUGGGGCCGCCGUGCUGCAGCAGCAGCAGCAGCAGCAGCGGCAACGGUAGCAGUAGCAGCAACAGCAGCAACAACAACAGCAGCGUCAGCAACAGCAACAACAACAACACUCUGAAGGGCACGCACACGAACAGCAGCAUCGGGAGCAACGGCAGCAACAGCAGCGACGGCAACAGCAGCAGCAGCAGCAGCAGCAGCAAUGAAGAAGGCUACGUCAUAGUACGCCCUCUCAACUCCCACAGCCGGAUAUAUCCCCUGCCUGGAAGUCCCCUCUCCAGCGGCAGCAGCACCAUCAACACCAGCAGCAGCAGCAGCAGCAGCAGCAGCAGCAGCAGCAGAGUGUUGUGGCUAGCAGCAGCAGUAGUUUGCUUCGGCAGCCUCAAUGAAGUUAGCGGCAGAAUUCGCUCGGUCCCUUUGGGCCGUUUUAAUGUCUUCGUUUCACUCGCUAACUCUGCACUGCACUCCCUCGUAUAUGGCCUCAUGCUCGGUGUGGCGUAUUAUUGCGGUUUGCUGCGCCACCGCGAGUUGAAGUUUUUCUGCAGCAGGAAAGUGCUGCUGCUGCUGCUGCUUGGCGGCUCCCUUGAGGCCUUAGCUAUGACAGCAGGCUUUGCUGCGCAGCCGUAUAUACCAGGGCCUAUCUAUGCGCUGCUGACGCAAGCCACUGUUCCUUUCUCUUGUCUCUUCUCUGUCUUGCUGCUACGCCGGCGUUAUUCGCUGCUGCAUGCAGCAGCGCUGGCUCUUAACUUCUUAGGGUUUGCUGUUGCUUGGAAGACGCUACAUGCUGCUGCUGCUGCUGCUGCUGCUGCUGCUGUGGGUGCUGCUGCUGGUGCUGCGGGCUUGGGUGGGUGGCAAGGCGUUCUUGAUGCAGCAGCAGAUUCUGCUGCUGCUGCUGCCGCUGCAGCGAAGCAGCAGCUGCAAGCAGCAGCACCGCUUCCAGUGGACAUCCCCACAAUAUUAAUGCCUCUUACAAUAAGCAGCGGCGGCGGCAGCAGCAGCAACAGCAGCAGCAGCAACAGCAGCAGCAGCAGCAGCACAUGGAUGGCUGCCCUUGUUGCUCUCUCUACAGCCCCCGCGGCUCUGUCUUUUGUAGUAAAGGAGUUGGUGCUGCGCUCUUACAGAGAGCAGGAGCAGCAGCAACAGCAACAGCAGAGUGAUGCAGAAGAGCACAGCGGGCGGCUGUUGCCGCUGCUGCAGCAGCAACCAGAAGAGGAGCAGCAGCAGGAGCAGCAGCAGCAGCAGGAGCAGCAGCAGGAGCAGGAGCAGGAGCAGCAGCCAGAGCAGCAGCCACUGCAGCAGCAAUGCAGCAGCGGUACAACUGCUGCCCCCCAGCAGCAGCAGCAGCAGCAGCGGCAGAGGCGCAGCAGCAACAGCGGAGGAGGAGCAGCAGCAGCGUUUGCAAGGGACCGUGUGCAUUUGCUGAGUGUUAGCUUCG